AUGGACCGUGAGCCCGGACGCCAACACGAAGACUCCGGUUACCUCAGUCUGGGAGUCGACGAGCUCCAGGAAGAACCUGGUACGAAGCCCCCCGAGGUCUCAGGCACCGCAACAAGUGCCUCCGUCGAGGAGGAGUCGGGAUCAGAACCUGAGCCGGGAGCGGCGGCGGCAGCAGCAGCAGCAGAAGAACAGGGCCAGGCUGGGGCGGGAGCUCCCGACCCCAUGGUCGACGAGAUCCAGAAGGGCGGCGACGGUGACGAGGAGGAGUUCCCACAGGAGCCGAUGCAGGCGGACGCCGAGGAUCCACAGCCCUCGGUCAGGGAGCCUCGUCUCCACCGCUGCUCGUUCAGGCGGCUGCAACUGACGGAGCUGAAGAGCGUUUUCCAGCGCAGCCAGUACCCCAAUGUGUUCGCUCGGAAGGAGCUUGCAAUUCCAAUCGAUGAGAGCAAAACCAAAGUGCAGGAAAGUAAGCCUGAAGAAGACGACAAUUUGUGA